UGGUAGCUCACUAGCUCAGUAACAAUUCGACAUCAGAAGCAGCACGUACUAUUAUUACUACCAUCGAACGCAAAAACUUAAAAACUUAAAAACUUAACUUUAUUCGUAACAAUUUGUGUACAUAGGUAAUAAUUUUAUAAUAAGCAACUUAAUUAGCAAUUAACUAUUAAUAAAAAAUAUAUAACCGUAACACAAGUAGUGUUAUUUAAAUAUUUUUCUCUAAUCGCGCUGUGUAUACCGCGGUUCGGGUGGCUGGCCGUCGUAAGAUCGUUUUUUAUUGCUGACAACGACAACAGUUCUCAUGGCGCCAAACAUUAUUCGGCCUAGUCAAAUGUUGAUAUUCAACUCUGCCAUGUGUUAUGUGAAACAGCGACAGCAUCCAGCCGCUGGAGACGUCGGCGGCGGAUCGCCGAAAUCGCCGCCGGCCAAGCGGACGUACGUAAAAAACAUCUCGCCCGAAGAGAAAAUAUUACGCAAGAAAUUACGAAACAGAGAAGCAGCACAAUUAUCUAGAGAUAAAAAGAAAGCACAAUUUAAUAUUUUAUCGGGAAUGGUUCAUGGUUUAAGAAAAGAGAAUGUACAUUUAAGAGAAGAAAUAGAAACUUUAAGGGCCAACCAAGAGGAAUUGAUCGCCGAAAAUGAAAGAUUACGAGAACAACUUUCCACUGAGUCAUCUAUACCAAAAUCAGUAGUUACAGAAUUCUGUACAUCAGCAGUUAAUAACAAGUUUUCGAUUAAUGGACCUGCCGUGUCCAAUAGACACCCUCUGCAGAAGGGCAAACGGAAUCGAACAUCUUGUUUGAUGCUCUGUUAUCAGAUUCUGUUCCUAUUACUGACCAUUCCAUCCUGCAUGAUCUCAAGCUUCCAGACGACGAUGAUGAUAUGGACUGGCUUGAUAACAAUGUUUCAAAGCGUUUGGAGAAAAUUGCUGAUGAACUACUCGGCGAAAGUUUCCUUAAUGAAUGUUCUCUUGAUGAAAUGGUGGGGAGCACAUCAGAAAUCAUGGAAUCCGGCCAAAAUAUUAAUUUACCCAAUGCAGACAUAAAUGACGAUAAGUCAAUAUUCAUGUUAAACACAGACACAGAUAAAAUUACAAGCACAGUUAAGAUUCCAACUGAAGAAAUGCAAUUUUUGGCGCCAAAAAUAGAACCUAAAAUUGAAGAACAUUCUGAAGACAAAAGUAACUCUUUGGAACGUUUUAUUAUUGUAGAAGAAGCUGUUGAAGAAGUAACAACAACCUACGAUGAACAUAUUCUUGAAAUAUGCCAGGAAGAUGAUAUUGACACAGAACAGUAUGAUGACAUUGGUUAUGAAUCGCUUAGCUCUCCCGAAUAUGAUUACAGAACACAUUAUAGUACACCUCUAAUACUAACAGAUUUUCUUUCUUAAAAAUAGUACCUAUAAGAUAUGUCCUAAUAUAAGAUACAUAAUAUUAAAUUUAAAAUUAAACUUAAAUCUAUGUUAUUAUUGAUACACUUUUAUUACUUUAAUUACUUUAUGUUAGUAUAAGCACACUGUAUUACUCUAGUAUACUUUCAUAUGACAAUUGACAUGUGUCCUAUUUAUUAUAUAAUGUUGAAUAACAUUGAGUGUUGUAUUUAAUUUUAUAAUAUCAAUUCUGUGUUUGUGUCCCAUAUAAAUAUAUGUAUUUUGAAUGGUCUGUGUCUGUGUUUAGCACUGAUCACUAAAAUA